AUGUUGGCAAGAUCAUUUAAAUGGAAGCAGUCUAGUGUUGUGAGGCUGAACGCUAUGAAAUGUCUUUCUCAAUUUCCUCGUGCUCGAAUGUAUUCGAACAAAUCGACUCCAUCAGGAUCGGAAUCCAAACCUCCAAAUCGAGGCAAAAUCCUGAUCCUUUUAGGUGCUCUUGCUGCUGGUUCAACGAUUGCGUCGAUGGUGUACCAGAAGGAUGCACCUUCUGAAUUUGUUGAGCCCCGAGAGAUCUCAAAGGAAAAGAAACCGGCUUUUUCUGAGGACGAGGUAUCGGUCAUUUUUGUUCUUGGAGGACCAGGUGCUGGUAAAGGCACUCAAUGUGCGAACUUGGUCAAAGACUAUGGGUUUGCGCACCUUUCUGCCGGGGAUCUGCUCCGUGCCGAGCAGAAUCGGGAGGGCUCAGAGUUUGGUGCGCUCAUCAAGCAUUACAUUAAAGAGGGACUCAUCGUGCCUCAGGAAGUAACAAUUGCUCUUUUGAAAAAGGCGAUUCAACAGAAUUAUGAGAACGGUAUCAGAAGAUUCUUGGUGGAUGGAUUUCCACGCAAGAUGGACCAAGCUCUCACUUUCGAAAAGGAAAUUGUUCCAAGUAAAUUUACGCUGUUCUUCGAUUGUCCCGAGAAGGUUAUGCUCAAACGACUUCUAGACCGUGGGAAGACCAGCGGAAGAGCAGAUGACAAUGCUGAGAGUAUAAAGAAGAGAUUUAGGACUUUUGUGAACACAAGCAUGCCUGUUGUUGAAUAUUUUGAGCAACAAGACAAAGUCGUAAAAGUCAGCUGCGAUCACAGCGUCGAACUGGUUUAUGAUCACGUCAAGAAAGCUAUAGACGAACGGAUUGUUAACUGA